AUGACAAAGAAUGUGCAGAUCAUCUUCCUCUUCAUUUACAUUGGUUUGGGAACUCUAGGUUUUGUGUCUUUUCUUUGCUUUGAUAUUAGGAGAGUUAUGCCAAAUUUGAUAAUUGAAACUAUCCAAAUGAGCUUUGCUUGGUGUUUUAAUUUGUUUACCGUUUCAGGUGAAUUACAAGAAGAGAGAGAAGACCUUGGGAUCUUACCAACUGAUGUCCCCGUCGAAACUGUAGGUGGAUCAAGUAUGUUCUUUGGGACAGGGAUGAGAAAUUGUGGUGAAAACAAUUGCUUUAUCAAUGCAACUAUACAGUCUCUCUGGCAUUUAAAAUGGUUCCGAGAUGAGCUUUUAAGCCUAUCAGAGCAUGAGGAUGUUGGAGAUCCUUGUGUUGUAUGUGCUUUACGUAAGCUCUUUGAGACCCUAAGCAUGGCUAAUACAGAUGGACAAAGAAAAGCUGUUUCUCCAACCUCUUUAAGGACUGCUCUAAGCAUUUUGUACCCUGCUAAUGUCAACUUUUUAGAGGGACGAGAGGGCGAAGCUUAUGAAGUGUUGGAAUCAAUAUUGUGCUGUCUUCAUGAUUCAUUUAUCCAUACACCGGGAAUUUCUGAUGCCAAAUCACUAGAGAAAAAAGGCGCUGGCUCUUCACAUUGCCCGAUCAAGACUUGCAUAGCACAUACCUUUUUUGGAUUGGAUGACAGUUGUAUGUCAGAAAGCCAGAAUAAGAAUGCUUAUUUUCAUUUCAAAACUGCCGAUGAACUCAGAAAGAUUAUGGAUGUGUGUGGCUCUCUUGAUGAACCUUUGAAGCAUGGGCACAUCCAAUUAGUCUGCAUAGAUGGUGUUGGUGGCGGAAGAAAGCGCAUUCGUAUCAAAGGUGUUCAGUCAACUCCACAUGUAUUCGCAUUAGUUAUUGGUUGGGGCACCAAUGUGAUUGCUGAUGACAUAUUAACGACAUUGAUUGCUCUUAAUACUGAGGUAGAGAUUGUCUUUUUGGAUCAGGGAAACAAACAUUGCCUUGUUUCAAUGGCUUGCUAUUGUCAGCAUCACUAUUACUGCUUUGCUUACAACCAUGAGCAUGAAAGGUGGAUUAUGUUUGAGGAUGAGAAUGUGAAGGAUAUUGGGAGUUGGGACAAUCUUGUUUCCACGUGUGAAAACAGGCUAUUACUACCUGCGAUCGCUCUCUUUGAAGCUGUAGAUUAG